UCACCAACAUUGUGUACACCCCCCAAAAAAAAAAUCUCAGCCCCCAACCCACGCAUCUCGCUCUCGCUAUCUCUCAUCUCUCUCGACCACUGUUCACGCCGGAGAGAACACCACUUCUCUCUUUCUCUCUUUCUCUCUCUAGACUGUAGUGUAGUGUUGUUCUAUAUUUUAUACAUUUUUCUACAAAAAAUGUGGAAUCCUCCAAAGACAAAUUUUGGGGUUUUGAGCUGUACUGGAAUUUCUUGAUAUUUUUGCAGGUUUUUUUGGCUAUGCAAAUGCUAAUGGAGUUUCUGGGCAACUCUCUUUCUUGAUAGAAAAAAAAUGUGAGGUGAUUCCACCCCUCAAUCUCUGGUUUAUAUGUGCAAUGAUGGUGGCUGCUGUUUCUGGAACAGCUUCAACAACAAACCCUCAAAACCCCAAAACCCCUUCCCAAGAUUCAACCCAACAACAACAACAACAACUCAACCCUAGAAGACCUCCAUUGUUGCCCUCUGAAAGAGACAACAAUGAAGGUCCCAAAAGACCCAAAUCAAAGCAAGUCUCUUCUAGAUACAUGUCCCCUUCUUCUUCAACUCCUAGAAGAUACCCUUCUCCUCUAGUUUCCAGAAAUUCGACUCCUUUGUCGAAUAAGCCCUCUCCGGCGCCGCCGAAGCGGUCUGUUUCAGCGGACCGGAGGCGGCCCGUGGCGGAUCUUCAUUCGAAACUGGGCAAUGUCGGUGAAGUGUCGGCGGCGACGAAGCUUCUGGUGACUUCUACUCGGAGCUUGUCGGUUUCGUUUCAAGGGGAAGCUUUUUCGCUGCCGAUUAGCAAGACUAAGGUGGAGAAUUCGAAGCCCAAUUUGAGCAAUGUGAGGAAGGUUACGCCGGAGCGAAAGAGGCCUAGUACUCCUCCUUCUAGAGGUGGAGAUCAGGUAGCGAAUUCGAAGCCGAUUGAUCAGCACCGGUGGCCAGGUAGAACCCGGCAACCGAAUUCAUUGUCCACGAGUUUUGAUUUCACUGAGGAUAAUUGUAAUAAUAAAAAGAAGUUGGUUGGAUCUGGGAAUGUAAUUAGGGCUUUGAAGCAAUCUAUGAUUGAUGAGGGUAGGAGGGCAUCUUUUGAUGGUAGAUUGAGUCGUGAUUUGAGCAAUGCUGAAUUAUUGAAAGCAAUUCAACAUGGCCCAGAUGGUAGUAACUCAGUGAAUGAGUCCUCUGUGGUGAAUGAUCUUAGUGUGUCUGAUACAGAUAGUGUUUCUUCUGGUAGUACUACUUCAGGAGUUCAAGAAUGUGGUGGGGUUGUGAGGGGGCGAAGUGGGCCUCGUGGGAUUGCGGUUUCAGCGAGGUUUUGGCAAGAGACGAACAAUCGGUUGAGGAGGUUGCAGGAUCCGGGUUCACCAUUGUCUACGAGUCCUGCGAAAAUGGUAGUCCCACCUAAGUUUACGCAAUCAAAAAAGUUCCCAAGUGACAGCCCAUUGUCGUCUCCACGAACAAUGUCAUCGCCUGUUAGAGGAAGUAUUAGGGCUGCAUCACCAAGUAAACUUAUGGCAUCAGUGGGUUCAUCACCGUCAAGGGGAACGCUUAGUCCAUCUCGGGUCAGAAACUCGAUUAGUAGUAAUUUUGGUGAGACCCCUUCGGUUCUCAGUUUUGCUGUUGAUGUUCGAAGGGGGAAGGUGGGGGAGAAUCGCAUUCUCGACGCGCACUUUUUAAGACUCUUGUACAAUCGGCACUUGCAAUGGCGGUUUGUAAAUGCUAGGACAGAAGCUACCUUGUUGGUGCAGAAACAUAGUGCAGAGAAAAAUAUGUGGAAUGCGUGGAUAACAAUCUCAGAUCUUCGUGAUUCAGUCACCAAAAAAAGGCACCGGUUACAGUUGCUGAGGCAAAAGUUGAAGCUAGCCUCCAUUCUCAAGGGACAAAUAACCUGUUUGGAAGAUUGGGCUUCUUUAGAUAAAGACCAUUCUCUCUCUUUGCUUGGAGCAAUUGAAGCUUUGAAGGCUAGCACUCUUCGUCUUCCAGUUGUUGGAGGAGCAAUUGCUGAUGUCCAAAGUGUUAAGGAUGCUAUUGGUUCAGCAGUCGAUGUGAUGCAUGCAAUGGCAUCCUCAAUAUGCUCGCUUUUGUCGAAGGCGGAGGACAUGAAUUCUUUGGUGUCUGAACUCUCAAAAGUGAUUGCCAAAGAGCGUGCUUUGCUUGAACAAUGCAAAGAUUUCUUGUCCGUGUUAGCAGCCCUGCAGGUUAAGCACUGUAGUUUGAGAACGCAUAUAUUACAACUUAAUCGUGUACCAACAGCCUGACAACAUGUGUGUAGAAUUGAUCUUGUGUGACUCUCUACUUUAAAAAAGCUAACUUUAUACUAGAACUCUUCGACCUAGCAGAGGUGGCUCGGCAGGCAAUAAGCGUAGACCAAAUGACUAGUUUUUGGCUUUGGAUUUUUGGAAGCUGUUGAGGUGUCAUGUAUUGAUUUAUCUUUGUAUCCAAAAGAUUCAUAGGAAAAUGAACUUUUUUCCUCCUGCUAAUCAGCUGUAACAAUUCCUUCUUCCCAGAAUAGGGAAACUUGUGUACAUGUAUAUAUGUAAUACUUGGAUCAUUGUUAUUUAUUAGUAAGUUCAUUUAUUAGUAAGUUCUUGGUUAAA